CCAAAUAAAGUUGGGUCACAUUUUCUCUAUCUUCGUUCCGACAUGCUCCAUUGGAAAGGUUGAAAAUGACUGCAGGACGGUCCUGGGUGAACUUUCGACGCAGAAAUCGUACCGUAUUUACCGCCUUGGUCGUUUCCUUCCUCUUCUUCUACUCAUGUCAAAGGUCAACAAUUAGUACCAACAUACCAAAUCAGCACCGAAACACACUCUACUGUCCGCAGAACCCCAUCGCGAAGGAAGUCCUGGUGGUCCUUCGGACAGGCGCAACCGAGGUACUCGAAAAGUUGCCGGUCCAUUUCGAUACUACAUUGCGCUGCAUACCGAACUAUGCUAUCUAUUCCGACUACGAAGAAGAUAUCAAGGGGAGUCAUAUCCAUGAUGUUUUCGACGAGAUCAGCCAUGAUCUCCAACAGUUAGUGCCGGAUUUCGAACUAUACCAUCGGCUCAAGACGAAGGGUCGAGAUGGCCUCUCUAUUGACGGCACUGAACAUGAUGGAAGUGGCCCUUCGGGUCUCUUAGGCAACCCUGGAUGGAAGCUCGACAAGUUUAAAUUUUUGCCCAUGAUCGAUAAAGCUCUCCGCCACAGACCGCAAGCGAAGUGGUUCGUCUUUAUCGAGCUAGACACGUACCUGAUGUGGGGCAAUCUUCUGGAAUAUUUAUCGAAGUUCAAUGCGGAGGUACCGUAUUAUAUCGGCAAGCAGAUGUACAUCGGCGAGGUGCUGUUUGCUCAUGGUGGUUCAGGGUUCGCCCUAUCGGCGCCUGCGAUGAGGAGAGUGACAGAGCAUUGGAGGGCUCACAUGGUCGAGUAUAAUCAGUACACGAUAGAGCAAUGGGCCGGUGACAUGGUACUUGGAAAAGCGUUGAAGGACGUUCUAGUACCACUGCUUUGGGCGUUCCCUCACUUCCAAGGUGAUCCGGUGUCAACGCUCGAUCACAACAUCACGAAGAUCGACAGGCGACCGUGGUGCUACCCCGCUAUUACCUACCACCACAUGCCCGAAGACGAGAUCCGAUUGUUGUGGAAGUUUGAACAAGAGUGGCAGCGUACGCAUCCAAUAGAUGCUCCCUUACGGCAUGCCGAUGUAUUCAAAGGAUACAUACAUCCUUACCUGAGCAAAGAGCGAGCGGAAUGGGAUAAUUACUCAGUAAAUCCAGAGUUUAGCAAAACUGCUUUGAAGAACGGGGAGGCUCACACUUCUUUCGAAGCUUGCAGGUCGGCAUGCGAAAGCAAUCCCAUGUGCCUACAAUUCUCGUACCGUACUUCUAUGUGUUUGGUCUCGAGUGAAGUACGCUUGGGUCGAAUGGCGACAUUGCAGUGUUCGGAGUAUUCCACUGCUGCUUCAAAAUGUGACAAAAAGGAAGAAAUGGCGGUGGGAAUGGAUGAGGAAGGCCAGGGUGCGGUCCGUUCUGGUUGGAUGGUGGACAGAGUAGCAAAGUACGUGAGUGCUAUGGAUCAGACUUGCAACCCCCGUAUGGACUGGAUUGUCUAGAGAACAGGCAGCUUGAAUUGAUAUUGUUUGAUUAUCACCAUAUACGACAACGAUAAAGCAAAACCGUCUCUAUAUCUCCACUCAUAUAUGCAAUCUAUAGGACCAUCGCAACACUAGACUUCACCAACUAGAUGCUGACCCCCAGUAACGAGUUUAUACAUGCUCCCGGCUUCCGGCCUCCAUCCCUAUUCUUCUCGCAAAUUUUAGGGGUUCUGAACAUUCGCUUCUUAUUAAAAACGACACUCGGUUGUGAUCUUUCCGAUAUUCCACCAAAUACAUUUGCGACCAAUUUUCUGGGGUU